CAGCAGUAGCAGCGGGCGCGCGCUAGUGUCGGCAUCGGUGCUGCUCGUCCCUUUCCAUAUCCGUCACCUUCCACCUCCUAGUACGCUCACGGACCUCCGUCGAACAGGCACAGCCAGCAGAGAGAGAACCGGUUCCUGUCGGCUGGUGGAAAGCGGCACGAGGCGGCGCGAGCUUAACCCGGCACACCGGAUUUCGUAUCGUCUGCGGCGGAUACCGAACGCUAGCCGAGCAUGAGCACCUCGACGUUCGUGGGGAAUUCGGAUGGUCUAGUGACAGGACUUUGUCCCGCGCCUCCUCCACCGCCACCGCUACCUCCAGUGUCUGGUCAGGUGCCAGCCAUGAAGAUCAACACCGCAGAGGCACCUACGUCAAGAAGGUUGCAGGUGGUCAGCAACGAUGCUUAUGAACCACCAGCAGCCAUUCAAAAUGCGAUGCUGACCAAGGAUAAGAAACCGUUCACAUAUACGCCAGGAAUGGGUGGCAAACUGGACCUAUCUCAAAUUCGAAGUCCUCGAAUGGCCCGCAGAGUAGCGAAAAAUGCGAACGAUGAAGGAAUCGAGGGUCCACCAAAAUCAGCACUUGAACCGAAGCCGACACCAGCGCCAAACACCGGGGCGAAUCUAUUUGUUCAGCCCCAAGUUGCGAUUCCUGUAUUUCCGACAAAUAUUCCAGCUCAACCCUCCGCCAACAGGACACCCCCGACUCCGCCUGCUAACAGGAUUCAACCUAGUACUCCAGAGAAGCAACCGGAACCACCGAAAGUCGUGACCAAAGUAGAGACCAAAGUAACUCCCACGAUUGCGGUUCAGCCGAACACCCCCGAGAGUCCGAGCACUCCUAGCACUCCGAGCACUCCGACUCAGGUGACCCUGACAAAAGCACCAACGCCGUGGCUUCAGAAUAAGAACAAGCCACAAGAGGAAUUGCCCGAGUGGGCGAAACGUUCAAGCGUGAAUAAGCAGAGCUCAUCGUCACCUGAUAGCCCGACGUCACCACCGAUUUACGCGUCUUCAAUUCAGCAAACGCAGCAGCAGCAGCAGCCAUCGCCGCAACGGCAACAAACUCAGCAGAAACAACAACCAGCUCAGCAGAGGCCACAAUCUCAGCCACCGCAACCAACUCAACAAAGAUCUCCUCAAAUUCAGCAACAACCUCAACAAUAUCAGUACCAACAAUCACAGCCUCAGCAGUUCAAUCAGCAACAGAAACGUCCGUUCUCUAGUCCCUCCAUGACACAACAGGCUAAUCCUCAAAUGCAACACCAAGAACGUAUGAUACCAAUUCGCAUCGAGGAUAGGCCGUCUGUGUUCGACGUGAAACCAGAGCCGGGUCAUCAUCAAUUCAAACAACCUAGUCCGCAUCAUCAACAGCGGUGGGGGCAGCCAUCUGCACAGAAUCAAGUCCACAACCAGGUCCAGAACCAGGUUCAGAACCAAGUCCAGAUCCAAGUCCAGAAUCAGGCGCAUCCACAGCCUCAGCAAACAACGGGUGGUGCAUUCAUUAUACCUAUCAUGAUCGAGGGUAGUGAUAAGAAGCCUACUGCAGUAGCUACUUCGAAUACUUCGUACUCCCAACCAAUUGUUAGGAAUAAUGCGCCCAAUGAAAAUCAAAAUGUGAAAGUGGUAUCACAACGUAUCAUACCCGUGCAAGUUCAGCAGUCGGAUUCCGGUCCAGUUCAAUCUCGAUCGUUUAGAGUUCUCCAGAAAAUCACAGACACGGAUACAGCGAACGACGUAGAUACCGAACAGCUACGUAAACUCCAAUUGACGGAAGACGACAGAAUUUUGAUGAAUAAAUUCAAAGAACAAGUCGACAAUGAUUGUUCCCUUCAUCACGAGGAAGAUCCGAGAUACCGUGGUGGAGCCAUACCAUCUCGAGCUUUCCGUUACCUUCAAACUAUGACGGAUGCUGGUGAUGUUCCCGUCAACACGACGCCACGACCACCAUCCGCCAUAAACAAGAAACAGAACAGGAAUUCAAAGACUUUUGAAGAAAUGCAGGCAAACCUACCACCGAGCGAGCAGCAGGUUCCAGAGCCAAAGAAGUACAUGGGCAGCGCGAUUCCUUCCAGAUCGUUCAGGAUAUUACAAGCGAUGACAGCGCCGGAGAGCGUCGCCACGCAAGAAAAUCGUCAAGCAGAUUACCACUGCCAAACAGAGAAUAACGUGCCGGGCAAUCAGCAGGGUGUCUUCCUUUCUCCCUGUCCACCGCCAUUUUGGACCCCCGACAGUGGUUGGUGGGGCUACUACCCUCUUCCAUAUCCUGGUGUCGCGAACGACUCUUACCCCUAUCAUCCAGAUAACACUGCCUACGUAUACUUCCCCAUCUACAAUCAGGGUUACCCACCUUACCCUCAGUAUGAUCCAGUAAGUGGUAAAAGCGCGUAUCCAGGUGUUUAUUCACCUUACAUUCUUCCUAUUCCUCCACACAGUAGUACUAGCUGUAAUCACAAUUGUGAACAAGUCAAUUGCGGGGUAGUAAUACCAAAAAUUCAUCCAACGACGAAUAUUCCAGAUAUGCCAGAUAAUAUUCAAGAGAAUAACGGGAAUAAAGUUCCAAUGGAGAACGAGGACUCGAACGGUCUGCCACAGUGGGAGAAAGCGAAUAGCAUGUCACGAACUGCGAGUAACAAUAGCAAAGAUAGCGACUGUACCACCGCGAUGAAUAUCACCGACGAGGAGGAGAUUCCUGAUGAAAUAGUUGAAAUAAUUGAACUAGAGGAAGGCGAAGACGACCAGGAGUCAGAGAGACCAGAGACGAAACCAUGUUCCAAUGGAAGCCUCAAUGUGACUGUUCCAAACUACACCUACAUCGACACCAGUGACUCCAGCGAUUCCACUGAUUCUGAAUCUGACAACGAGUCUAUGCUAGAAUCGUCAAAGAGCAGCAGCGAUAGCAAUUCCGAUGACUCUUCUUCCGAUAGCGACGACUCUGACUCCUAUUUAGCUUAUUCUACAGGCCUGAAUCCUCAUGGCAGACUGGAGAAGAAUAACGAAAGGGAUUCAACUAGAGACUCUUCGAGUAAGGACUCCUGUAACGAGGGACAAGGGUCAGGGUCUCCCAAGAACAGCACCGAUUCUGAACCAGAGGAACAGAUGGAUAAAGAGGUUGAAAAGUCAGACACCAACACGUUUCCUCAUCAGUUGAGCGUGAUCUACGAGGACGUCGAACGUCCAGACUCUGAGAGUCCCAGACCACCACAGUUUAGAAGCCUUAAAGAUUGGAACGAGACACCUUUCGAAGCUACCGACGAUCCCCCCGACGAUUCUGACGCCCCGACAGUCAGCGUGAGUCUGCCAUUGAGGUUCAAAUUUUCCGUAUCUGAGAACAACGAGGAUGUGACCACCGUAAUCGUAGGAGACAGUACGAUCAAGCCUGACAGGGGUUACAACAAGGAAGAGAGUCGAAAGCUGAAGAUUCAAGAAAACAAAACCCAUUUGGGAAAGUCUAAUGACGUUUCGGCGAACUUCCUUGUGAAGAAUGAUACUAGCGUCGAUUUUAUAGUUAAGAAAGAAGGUUCUAAUGGCAGACGAAAGGGGAAGGAUCAUUCUAACGAAAAGACGAAGACAGAACCAGUGGAAAAUAAGAUAAAAGAAAACGAAGACCCUGUGGUGCCUCAUGUGAACUUCACUCUGAGAAAAAUACCAACCAGAUUCAGUAAAAUCAACUGCGAGGAGACGGUGGAAACUGAGUUCACGAUUAGGAGGAAGACGAGUAUGAAGAAGGAGGAAGACAGGACGAGCAAAGACCAGGAAGAACGCGUGAUUGAAACGAAUGUGAAAAAUAACGAUGAUUCAGCGAGCAGAGAGUCCUCGAACAAAGAAGGUAAUUUCACUUACAUUGCAACGGUGAAGGAAACCGGUUCAGAAAUGCACGAUUUCAAUAGGAACAUCCUGAAGCCGGAAGUGAUCGUCUCGGAGUACAACUGGGCAGAUGAAUCGAACAAUGAACCUUCUGACAAGUUCGCAAACACGGAUUCGAAAAUAGAACGAGACGGUACGUCGCAGGAGAAUAUCGACACUUCGAAGAAAAGUAGAAACGAAGAAGAUGUCGAAGAGAAAACAGGAAAGGAGUCGAAGCACCUGUUGAGCGUGCAGAAUUCCCGGGAAGAGACCGAUGACGAGGACAGUGGCGUCACUUCCGACAUGAGUCGCAUGAUCUCCGAAGUGGACACAGAUUCCGAGUGCACCUCGUCCAAGAACAUGAGGAAAUAUCAGAGAACCCAAACACACUCGAGGUUGUUCAGACUUCUGAACGACGACUCGAUCCUUCCAGAAGGGGCAGAGAAAAUCGAUGAAUCUUCAACGAGAGAGUAUCUCAGUCUGCCUCUCAAGAACAACGCGUUCAACUACGACGAAAAUUACUGUUCCAAUUACUCCAGUGGCGUAACUUCUCCGGAAUAUUCACCCAUCUGUGAACAAUCAUGGAGAAGACUGCACGAUGCGGAGAACUCGAGGGUACCGGAUCAAAAUGGCGACGCGUACCGUCAAAGCCACCCCCUAACUCGACAAGAUCGAAUAUCCUGUAAGGAGGAUCCGUACUAUCAAGCAUGGAAAACGCCAAACUCUCCAACAUCUGUAUUGGAUCACGAUGUGGUGCCAUCGUUGGCCUUCAAGGUCCUCGAAAGUAGAAGGCCCCUAUGGUCGUACAAGGUCCAGAUGCAACGGAUUACUGAGCAAGGACGGGUGCCUCCUUCACAAACAUGGCAUUGCUAGUGUGUUUUCUUUUCUUCUUUUUUUUUUUUUUACUUUUUAUUUUGUUUACGAUGAUUCGUAGCGGUUCGUUUAACACGACGACCAACGAUGCCGCAGGACUUUUUCCUAAGAACUUUUCACGUCACCCCAUCGUAUUUGUUGCCCGUAUAGGUUUCGUCUUGUCCCUUCCGCCAUUUUCUUUAUUUUAUUCCUUCUUCUUCCUCCCUCCUAAUCUCACAGUGUGUGCACAUUGCUAGGGGAUGAAGAUCCUUAGGGAGUAAAUUAUCGAUCGUUCGAACGAUCGACGGCUAACGAUA